AAGAUCCCCCCCUGCCUGCGCCGCUUUCCUCUCGCCUCGGUCUCCUUCCUCUUCUUCUUCGCUUUGCUUGCUGCUGCUGCUGCAGCUUCGCCCUCGCCCCACCCAGCAGCCAUGCCAGGGGACCAUGGCUCCAAGGUCGACAUCUCCUUCGCCGGCCGCUUCACCGCCAGCGCCAUAGCAGCAUGCUUCGCCGAGGUAUGCACCAUCCCCCUCGACACGGCCAAGGUCAGGCUCCAGCUGCAGAAGAACGUCGACGCAGCGGCGCUCCCCAAGUACCGCGGGCUGCUCGGCACCGCCGCCACCAUCGCCAGGGAGGAAGGGGCCGCCGCGCUCUGGAAGGGAAUCGUCCCGGGGCUACACCGACAGUGCAUCUACGGAGGACUCCGCAUUGGACUCUACGAGCCUGUCAAAUCCUUGUACGUCGGCCAAGACCAUGUUGGGGAUGUGCCCCUCUCCAAGAAGAUUGCCGCUGGCUUCACCACUGGCGCCAUCGCUAUUACCAUCGCCAACCCCACUGACCUUGUCAAGGUCAGGCUCCAGGCCGAGGGCAAGCUUGCGCCUGGCAUGCCACGCCGCUACGCUGGCGCCAUGGACGCUUACGCAAAGAUUGCUAGGCAGGAGGGGGUUGCCGCUCUGUGGACCGGCCUGGGACCAAACGUAGCACGCAAUGGUAUCAUCAACGCUGCUGAGUUGGCCAGCUAUGAUCAAGUCAAGCAGACGAUUUUGAAACUCCCUGGAUUCAAAGAUGAUGUGGUCACCCACCUCUUUGCUGGUCUCGGUGCGGGCUUCUUUGCUGUCUGUGUUGGUUCUCCGGUUGACGUGGUUAAGUCAAGAAUGAUGGGUGACUCAGCCUAUAAAAGCACUCUUGACUGUUUUGUGAAGACACUAAAGAAUGAUGGGCCUCUGGCAUUUUACAAAGGGUUCCUCCCAAACUUUGCUAGACUGGGAUCAUGGAAUGUGAUUAUGUUCUUGACAUUGGAGCAGGUUCAGAAGAUGUUUGUGAGGAAACCGGCAAGCUGAAGAUAAGGCUUUUGCAGUCGGGUGGCAAACAAAGGUGCACACCUAUGGCGCACACAUUUUUUCUUCUACAGACAAGAAAAAAAUGACUCUAUCCCCCUGAAGAUUGAUUGGGGAACAAGGAGAAAUCUGACACCUAAAUUGUGAGAAUAAAUAGCAUGGGGGUAUUUGCAUGAUCCCCGGAUGAAUAAAAUUCAGAAAUAGCAAACAGCUGUUAUCAAUGUUUUAUUGUCAUCUCUGUGGCUGUGCUUUUACUUUUAUCGGAAUUGCUGGGAAUGGUGAUCAAAUUGCUUGGUAC